CAUGGCAACAGCAGAGUCCUGUGCUACAGUGUUGCUGGAUGUAACUGGCGUGGGGUGCAGCUAAAUGCGUUUUAUUGUAGGAGACGGAGAUCAGUAGGAUGGCGAGCCUAUACGGGAGUAAUGCAUCACUUUCAAAUUCUAAAUUUUCACUCAGUGAACGUCAAGAAACCAGAAAGUCCCCACCUAGUGAGGAAGAAAUCUUUUACUUAAACUGCCGGGCAGCUUAUCUUACCAUUUUUAAAAGCAGUUUGGAUAAAAUCACUAAUAAAGACCAACUCUGUUUAGUCCUCCAGCAUGCAGGCAGAAACCCUACAAAGAGUAUACUUAAUAAAUACUGGACCGCAAGGACAAAAGAGUUAAAUUUUGAUGAUUUUUGUAGUAUCCUAAAAAGGGAGAAGCCCACUACAAAACCUGAACUAUUAAAGGCGUUUAAAAAAAUAGAUCAUAAUAAUAAAGGAUAUAUUCUGCACGAUGACUUGAUUAAAAUCCUGGCUACAAAAGGUGAGAAAAUGACCCAAGAUGAAGUGUACUCUGUGUUGCUUUUAAAUGAAACAAACAGCAAUGGUAGAUUAGACUACAAUAAGUUCUGUUCCUCAUUUUUCACAACUAUUGAGCAAUGCUCCAAGACUGCGGCAGAUAGAAUGGAGAACAGUAGCAAAGCAAAGCGGCAGCAGCUUGGAAGCCAAAUUGAAAAGUCGCCCGAACGUUCUAUAUCCCCAUCAUCAAAGCAAUCUUCUAAAUCCCCAAGACUUUCUGAUUCCGAUGCUACACCAAGGAAAGGUGAGGGCAAAUUUUCAAGACCCUCAUCAGCUCGGAACUAUAAAGGUACGGUGUGUACAGUGAUUAACAUGGGGACCGCCAGUGCCAGGACAUCAAAACUAGCUGAGCCCAGUAGUUUAAAGGAGUGGAAUUUCAGUCAAUCAAAAGGAUGUUUUUUUCUGGAAGACAACGGAGAGAUAAUGACCCAUCAUUAUAAACUGCAAAUUCUCCAAAAAUCUACAGUUUAUCUCACAAUCAAACCUUUAAACCUCAGCAAAACUGAAGGGAAGGCUUCCCCUUGGAUUUCAGUGGACACUUCACUAUUUGUUCUGAAGGAAAGUGAUGGAUUUUCAGAUCCACAACUUGCAUGUUUCACUGAACUCCGGAAUAAAGAGAUGUUUGGCUGGAAAGGGGAGCUUGGAGCUGGAGUUUACUGGAUUAUCCCAUUCACUACGGGAUGUAAACUCAGAAAAAAGAGAAAGCCAAAUACAAAGGAAGCUCAGCUGAUUUACAGAGAUGGAAAUGACGAUUUGGUUUUGACACCUGAAUUUAAGUGAGUCAACUUAUCGGACAUGUUUGACAUCAUUGAUUUAGAUUGCAAUGGUCUCUUGAGCCUUGAGGAAUAUAAUUUCUUUGAGCUGAGAACCAGCAGUGAAAAAUGUGACGAAGAUGCUUGGGAAGUGUGCAGAGAACAUUUUGAAACCAAGAAAAAUGAGUUAACAAGACAGGGAUUUAUGGAUCUUAAUCUGAUGGAGGCAAAUGACCGUGAAGGGGACCCCAGUGACCUCUGGGUGACAUUGCAGUCCAUGGGUUACAACAAAGCACUGGAAAUGACUGAGGCCUGUCCUUUUAUUGUUGAAGUUCAUGUUGAAAAAUGUAAACCAAGACUUAAAGCAGUGACCCUGGAGUCCAGCAACAAGUACCUCCUGAAGGCUGUGUGUAAAUCGAUAGUUCUAAAGGGGGAAGCCAAGCCUAUGGAUGGCUAUGAAGAUGUGAUUAUCCACGUGUACAAAAAUGACUCCCGGAUCAGUUCAGCUAUUGAGAAUAAGUCCAAGAAUAAAGUGGUUGUGCAGGUGAACAAUGAACAAAGUAAAAAUUGCAUCAGUAACAGAGGUCUGAAUGUAUUUGCAGUGGAAGUUCCACCACAGUCAUCAGUGGUUUGCCAGCAUGUCUUGCCAUUGAAUGAUCGUCAGGAAUGGAUGUACAGCUGCGUACAGAGCAUUGUGUCAUAACUGAAAAGGAUACACAAUAUACAACUGUUUUGGAUCCUCUUUUCAUUCAAAGUUUUUUAAUCUACAGAUCACUUUGUAUUUUUUUCUACUGUGUUUUAUAAUGUAAAUUAAAUACAAUUAUAAUUACCAAAUUCAUUUGUACACAAAAAAAGUUUUGACAAGUCAGUAA